AUUCACUGCUUAUCUACGAUACUAACCUUAACUAAGAGUAUACUACUACUACUAAUAAUAAUAAUAAUAGAUAGAUAGCACCAGUUGUAGAAGAUGUCAUCCACUUUAAGUAUACCUUCCAGUAAUACAUCUAGUUCUAGUUCAGAAACUACCAUUGGACUCUCAACUCCUCAUUUAAAUGAAGGAGAAAAUGUAUCUUUAUCUACUGUACCAAGUAGUUCAAGUGGUCAAAAUUUAAAUAUAGAUGAAACAGAUGGUAGUAUAAAUGUUAGUAAAAUAACUUCAGUAUUUGAUAUAGCUCAAACUAUGCAAGAGAAAUUAGGUAAUGUAGUACAAUUGCUCGAUAAGCAAGAUUCUGAAAUUAAUGAUAGAAUAGACAAAUUACUUAAACAAAUAACUAAAUUAGAAAAUAACAUAACUAAUGAUAAGUGAUGUUAGAAGACAAUUCAAUUAAAUUCAAUUAAAUUAAAUUCAAUUGUCAUUAUUUAUAAUAGUGCAUUAACAUAGACCUUCAUAUAAUAUACGA